UGUCUCGCUCCUCUCCUGACUUUUCUUCUUCUCUGCGAGAGAGCGCCUUCUGUCUCUUUUCCUCUGUGCGCAGGAGACGGGCGGAAACGCACCAGGUUCCCUCAGCUGUCCGCCGCCAGGGGAGAAAACGAAAGACGGAUCUGUCGAAAGCGAACGCAAAUGAGGAGACAGAGGAGAAGUGAUACGAGAACUAAGAGGGAAACAACCUCUCUGUCCUGUCGACAAACUCAAACGCUGCAUUCACGCGCAUGCAGCUUCUUCCUGGCCUUCGAGGCUCAUCAGAAGGUCUUCGAAUCGUCGAGGACGCAGGCUUCUUGUAGAAGCUUCUCUUUUUCUCAGUUGCAGUCGCGCGAACAGCUAGAGAUAUAGGCGUCGCUGGAGAGAGUCGCCUCUUCUGCAGCAUUUCUCUUCGCGUCUUCCAUUCUUCUGUCCGUCUUCCCCCCUUCCUCUUUCUCUUCUUCUCUUCUGUUCGCCUCCUCACUCUUCUUCUCCCCUCUUCGUUCUUCUUCUCUCUGCGUGAUCCAUCCUCUUCUUCUCCUCGUCUCUCUGUCUCUCCUUCCUUUCUCCGCGUCUUCGUUCUUCUUCGUCUUCUUUCCUCCACCUUUCGGCUUAUCUUCGAGUUUCUGGCGCGGCAAGAUGCUGCGACUGCAGCUGGCGCCCGAGCGCGUGCUCAGUCCUGCGGUGUCUGCGCAUACACCGCGACUUCCCCUUCGUUUUUGUUCGAAGCUGGACGGCCUCUUGGCAGCGCGUCCUAUCCCUCCUGCAUGCGCCGCUCGCGGGGACGACGCGGACUUCACGACAGAGGCGCCAGCCUCUCUGCGGGAGCUCCAGGGGAGGCUCAGUUCUCUGAAGACUGCACGCGCCGGUUUUCCGCGUUCUGUCGCUCCUCUCACUCUUCUCGACGCCUCGAUUUCUCGCUUAUCCUCUCUCCACACUUACUCUGAGGCGUCGUCGCGUCCAGCGCAUCUCUCCUCUCUCUCCAGAGCUGUCCGGCGACCCUCUCCUCUCGCCUCAGAGACGCCUCCCUCUCCUGGAACUCCCUCGGCGCCUUCGACGUUGUCUCCUGUUCUGCGGCGUUCCUCCCUGUCUUCGUUCUCUUCUUCUCUCUCUCCUGCCUUCGAUUCUUCUCUCUCGUUUCGCUCUUCGCCGUUUGUCUCUUCCUCUCGUGCCUCGUCUUCUGUCGCUUCAAGUCCUGGUUCCGGAGAUGCCGCUGCGCGAGGACGAAAGACUCGGCGAGUUUUUUCGGGGACGGGAGGCCUCGUGGAGGACGGCGACCAGCCGUUUCGCGCGAAUUGUGGAGGCGAAGACAGACGAGUCUGGCGCUUCCCGCGCAGGCCGCCUGGAGGCGAGAGCUGGCGGACCGUCUUCGCUAGUCACGGCAUGCGUCACUUGGCGGAGCUCUACGACGGCUCAGGCUCGCCGGCGGAGGAGGCGCGGGAGAAGGAGGCGAAGCUGAACUGGUUCGCGCUCGGCCGCGUCGUCGACCAGAAUCGCGGCCGGCACCUCGCUGGCUACACCGUUCCGUACAAGUUCAGAAUCAUCGAUCCCAUCUCAGUCGCGAAGUCAGUCCCGAAGAAUCUCGGCCAGCUCAACAGACGCACGCAAACCGGCGAUCAAUACGUGGACUUCUCGCAGAACCGUUUCCCUGUGUUAAAUACUGCUGAAAACUUCCGUUACUGGAAAGAUCGCGGUCUCGACCGUCUCCUACCACGGGUCUUUCCCCUGAAGCUCCCCGCCCACCGCCGCGUUGAUCCUCUUCUUCGAGAGUACAUUUUCUUUCUCCAUUCCAUGGACCCUGCGCGGUUCUCGAUCCGGAAGCUAGGAGAACGCUAUGGACUGAAGGAAAGAACUGUCGAACUGAUUUGCCGGGAAUUCUCGGUCGCCGAAUUCCUCCGACGCACCGAACUAGCGACGCCGUACACGCGCAGAGUCUCGCGGGAGAAGGCGGUGCUGCGAAUGAAAGAAGCGCUCUUCAGUCUUAAGCUUGGCUACGACCAGCUGGGAGACGAGGAUUUGGAUGAGCAAGAAGAGCACGAAUUUCGAGGCUUCCGGAGCACGCAGGACUGGAUUCAGCGGCAGAACAUCGAAGUGGAGAUGAUGUCUGCCUUUCCCCUCCCCGCGAAACGAAAUCCCCUGCCCAAGCGCGUCGACGUGGACGUGACUGUACACAACACACCCAAGCUGAAGGUGAUGAACUGGAUCGAUCCGAACGACAAAGUUGUCUUCUAGGGCAGUUCUGCCUCGCCCGUUUCUCCAUGUUCCCUCACAAAACUCCAAACUCAGGCUGUCAAAACGCAUGUAGAGAUGCAGCAGAACGCCCUGCUAUUUACUCUUCGAAGAAAGUCAGAAGUCGACAGCGUCUCUCGACCAACAUGAUGCAUACAACGCUGCCAGAGAACUGGCCAAAUCACAACGCAUAAAUGCUCUACACAGAUAUCGGAGCAGACAGGAAUCCAUAGACAUGAGGUCGCUAUACAGUGUUUGUCAUGUGUAUCUGCAUAUAUAUAUAUAUAUAUAUAUGUAUAUGUAUAUAACUUGAUUGCAUAGAUUCUUGUUUAUUAAUGUACCAGAUGCGUGUCUGCGGUGGUGUAAUACGUUCGGAGGGAGGAGUGAAGGAAGGACAUAAGCUUCAGAUUUCUUGUGUGGGCCGAAGGCACAAAAUCUUUCGCCUGCUGAUCCAGCGCAGGAGGCGCUAACUCUGAAUGCAGUGC